GAAAGAAAAAAAAAAAAAAAAAAAAUGAGAGAGAGAGCUUCCAUCGUGGUUAAAGAGAUUCCUGUCUUUAUCGCAGUUGGAUAGGAGUCUAGGCCGGACGCUCAGACAGACUGGCUUCGUAUAAUGGAGAGAUAAAGGAGAUUCUCUCUCUUCAGUACAGAGAUUUUGGGAAUGUGGAUGAAAAUGGGAAUGUUAUCCGUUCCCAUGUGGCCAUUCUCUACUGUUAGUUACUUAUUAUGUUUACAAAGUUGGCCAUUCCAGCCAACAACUAAUUUCAUUGCCACCUCCAUUUGCUUUCCUCCAUUCUUACUUCUUCUUCUCAUCAUCAACUUAAGAAAUGGAAUUAUCCCUUCUUCCCUACCAACAACAACAUCCACCGUCUCUCUUCCUCACUCCCGUUUUGAAAGAACCAAUUUCUUUUUCAUUUGUAGGAAAGAGAACCUACAACGGGAAUUCAUCUAUGGUGCGUUGUUGCUGCUCCUCGUCUGAUGAUCAGCCAAUACCCAGUGCGUUGCUUCUGCCUUCUGGAGGAAGGAGGGCACUCAUGGGCUGUUUUCUUGCAGCAGCUGCUGGUAUUUAUGUUUGUGACAAGGCUGCAGCAGUUAGCACGAGUAGAAGAGCUCUUAGAGGGGCAAAAAUUCCUGAGAGUGAAUUCAAAACUCUCCCAAAUGGUCUGAAGUACUAUGAUUUAAAGGUUGGAGGAGGGCGAGAGGCUGUGAAGGGAUCACGAGUUGCAGUCCAUUACGUUGCCAAGUGGAAGGGUGUAACUUUUAUGACAAGUAGACAAGGACUUGGGGUUGGUGGUGGAACGCCUUAUGGUUUUGAUGUGGGUCAGUCUGAGAAAGGAUCUGUCCUUAAAGGAUUAGAUCUGGGUGUUGAGGGCAUGCGCGUUGGAGGUCAGAGAUUGCUGAUAGUUCCUCCAAAUUUAGCUUAUGGAAGUAAAGGGGUCCAGGAGAUUCCUCCAAAUGCCACGAUUGAGUUGGAUGUGGAGCUACUAGCUAUCAAACAAGGCCCAUUUGGGUCUGCUGUAAAGAUUGUUGAAGGAUGAUUGAGUUUAUGUUCUCACUGCUUGUUUAUCCCUGUAUCAGCUCCUUUUGACCCAUGUACAUAUUUAUUCAUUAAAGUGAUGACAGUGAAAGCUAGAUGCUCGCAAAUUCUGGCAUGUGCUGAUUGGUGCCCUUUUUCAUUUCUUGUUGUGGGCUGCAGGCAUUCUCCUUAUUUAAUUUCAGAAAUUUUGAAAGGAUGUUUAAGUCAGAAUAAAUGGAAAUUAUAUCAUAUAAUUGUUGGAUUUAAGUUCAA